GCGUAUACAAUUGUAAUGGUCGGUUUGAAGGAUGAUUUUCAUAAACAAGUCGCCGACUCAAAAUCCAUAACAUCCCACAAUGCAUUGCUCCAGAGUUUUCGUCACGCUCCUGGACGUGCAAAGAUGAACGCUCCGGAAUCAUUCGCACCUUUUUUGCUACUUGAAGGCGAAAAGAAGAUUACAAUAACAAAAGAUACCAAGGUGCCAAAUGCUGCUCACUUUGUUGUCAUGAAGGAGGAUCAUACUUUGGGAAACCUACUACGAGCGCAACUGUUAAAAGACCCACAAGUAAUCUUUGCUGGUUAUAGAGUGCCUCACCCACUUGAGCAUAAAUUUGUACUGAGAGUGCAAACCACUGCAGACUAUAGCCCUCAUGAAGCAUUCACUAAUGCCAUUACAGAUCUAAUGAGUGAAGUUUCACUUUUGGAAGAGAGGUUUAAAUCUUCAAUCAAGGACAAGAAAGAAGGUCUUGACUAACGUACACAUGUAUAUAGAAACUCAGCUGUGCAUGGUGCAUCUACAAGACUGACAUUCAAAGACACAACGUAGGUCAAUUUACUUGAAGUGCAGUUUGAGAAAAAACAUUUGAUGCCUCAAGCAUUUCAAAAGAUGAUCACAGAACUGAAAACAAUGUAAGCUGUUAGUUUUGACAAAGUAAUUUAACAUGUAGGUAUCUAGAUCCAUUAAUUGGACAUUGUGGACAGCUUAUGCCAAAAUGUAGGAGACUUUGGUUGCAUCAUGUGGCUAUUUUGUAGUAAAUAGAACAUUGGGCGACAGAUAAUAUACUUUUUUUUUCUCAAUAGCAGCCUUUGUUCAUUUUUUCAAAAAGUGCCAUUUUAAUUUAAGGCCCCAAAGUGCCCCAAAGGAUUACAUAACAUAAUGCAAUCUUUAAAAAAUAUAAUGAAUGAGAAAACUUUCUCAAACUUUGUAAGAAUUUUAGUGCUAAAAGUUGAAUAUGAUGCGAAUUUAGCAAUUUGUUAUUUAGCACUUUGGUACGAUGAUAUAUGACCAUCAUAUGUUCUUUUGACGUAAAA